CUUAUGCGUACUCUUUCAACAUGAUGCGCCAAAAUCUUCCAUCUUGGGUAGCUUUUUGGCUUCUUCUUUCCAGCAUUAUUUGUGCGAUUGACGCCUUUUUUGUUCUUUUACGCCCUCAUACACUACCUGGAGGAAAGUGGAAUUACCUUUUCAAACCAUGUGAGUAUGGCGCUUUUUACACCCCACUAUUUUCCCGCCUCUGUUUUUGACUGGAGAACUGCGUCUUUGGAGAUCUUUGAACAGGGGAGGCCGCAGAUCCAAAAUGGGAGAGACAGGAAGACAGGGAUGCUCGUGGGCUUGAGGGGUCGGGUAAAAAGUUCACAUUUAGUUCUCACUAAGGUUCAGAGAGGAAAGCUAAAUAUUUUUACAAACGUUUUAUAUGAAAUUUGGGUUAUAAUACAGGGGCGGAUCCAGGAAUUUUUGAUUGGGGGUCCAAACUGUGGAAAAAGUGAAGAACAGCUCCCCAAAAAAACUGUUGGCCAACUGUGUUACCAUCUUAUGUGGAAAUUUUCCGCCAACUGUAGGCAGACUGUCAGCCGACAGUUGGCAGCUUGUUGGUAAUGUGUCAGCCACUACUUUAUUUAUUGCCUAAAUAGCACUUUAUAUGAACAUUGGAUUUGCGUUAGAAAGGAAAAUUGGUUGCCUCGAUGUUACCAAAAACAGCAUUUUCAUUACCAAUUGGGGCCAAUUAUCAAAGCGAAAAUAUGAAACUGUCUCACUUGAGUCUGCCAUAUUAUUUUUAGGUUAAAUUUUGGGUACCAAUCUCCUUGCAUCAUCUAAGAGGCACCAGAACAAGAAAAACUUGUAGAGCACAGUCAAGAAGUGAAAAAUUUGUUCAAAGCAUAUUGUUGUCACUUUGACGUUGAUGGCUUUUUACGCUGAGUUUAGCUUGUUUGUUGCUUCACAAAUUACCAGAUCACUUUUGAUCGGAGCAUUGUCUUUUUGGGUAUGGUGGAAAGAGGCAGUGGUUGUGUUCUCAUAUUCCAUGCCCCAGAUCGCACAAGACAGUACUUAGUAACCCGGUUGGUACAAGAGUUUGAACAUCAAACCAGGAACAGUGAUCCUUUAUGACAAAAUUUCACUGUAUUUUAAUCUAAACAACAUUGGCUACACACAUCUCAUGGUCAAACAGGCUGGAGAAAUUAUACCAAAAAAAAGAACAUGUAAAGUUGACCUGUAAAUUCAAAUGAAACUCUUUUUUUCACUACCAACCUGCAAGUUUUACCAAAAAUGUUUCCCACCAAAAUGAGGCCUAGUAUAGUAAGUGCCUAGAAAAUGAAAGUGAAAAUGGGAUAAGAUAUUGACCUGAUGGCAUCUCCAUGAUUGACCCAGAAAUAAAUAAAUGGCUUGACUAGCUUAAAAUGAUACUAUUCAAAAUUUCAAGGAGCAAAUGGGUUAAAUCACUUCAGCUCUUAAAGUUUUAUUCUAGAUUUUGAUUGGUGGCUUGUUUUAUUAUAGUCUCUCUGGGGGAAAAAUGAAGCAAGAGCCAUUCAGAGAUUGCUCUCUGGCAUGUAGUGGUUUAAUAUAAUUCUCAGUACUUUUCUGAGAAUCAUCCCUGUACCUUUUGCAUGAGUUGCCCCCUUCCUGUAUACUCAGGUCAGGUGACAGGCAAUAUAUCAACAGAGUGGAUACUUUCUCUGUUAAAUCCUAUAAGUGAACUUCCAAAGAGCAGUUAUGCCAUCAAAUUGUUUUCUUGUUCACACAUCCAAAUGUUGUGAAAAGUCCUGUCAUUUUUCUGUUUGUAUUCAGACAAUAUUUACAUCCAAGUUGAUGCAAGAUACAAAGAUCUUAAAGAUGCAUUUGUUAUUGGCCAAAGCUGGUAAGGUAUUUUUCAAGUACUGUUUUGGAUAUGGAGCAACUCUGUGCGCUCAUCAAAGGAAAUAAAAAAAUAGUCUCUUAUUGUCAUUCCAUGAAUGUUUUGUAUACGAGAUAGUAAAGUGUAUAUAGCCAAAAAAGCAUGUGGUGCCAAUUGGUUAUAACUGUAAUCACCUCAUAAUCCAACAAGCAUGAGUGGAAUGUAAUGAUUUACUGAUAACUUUUUAAUUUAUACUAGUCGAACCUCCAUGUGCAACCACCUCUCAUAAGCAACCACCCUCCAUAAGCAUUUUGGGUAGUUGCUUACAGGAGGUUCAACUGUAAUUCUCAGAAAUGAGACUGGAAGAGACAACUGACUCAAGCUUAUCAUAGACUGUUCACAGUCCUCUAUUUUUCCGUAAGAUCAUUGAGAUCGAGCACUUUGUGUUACUGCUGCCAUCUUGCAUGAGCGUCAAAACUACUUAGGGGACGGGGGUGGUUUGGGAGGAAGCGAGGAAAAUAGGGGGACUGUUAUAACAUCACUGCAGCUCACGUUUAGGAGGCGUGACAGGAAUUUCACGCCUUUUACCAUUCAUUAAUUAAGAAACUCUACUGGUGAUGAAAAACAUGCCAGACGCAUUUAGCAUCGAUUAUGCGUUUUUACAAAAAUCUCCAGUGAUUAAAAAAAAUGCCUGCGUUGCUGGUACAACGUGCUCCGUGAACGCAAGCUGCAGAGAUGUUAUUACAGUCCCUCUAUUUUUCUUGCCCCCCCCAGAGCUAUAAUCCUCGACGCCCACCCCCUCGGUACAUUUGAAAAUCAAGAUACCUGUGACAGUAAGACGCGGUAUAUCUAAACAAUGUCACGAAAAAAUAGGGGACUGUGAAUGGUCUAAGCUUGUCAAGGCAAACAGACCAAGAAUGAAAAAAUUAAAGUGUAGUGUAAAUAACUUUAAAGAAACUAUUUGACCUUUUCACAUUAGAAGCUGAACAAUAAAUGUUUAAACAAAAGAACUUGUGCAAUGCUUGACUUUGUUUGAAACUUUAGAUUGAUGUGUUUGAUGCGGGUUCAUAGCCUGUGUUUGCAUUUGCUUGUGGUUCCUCUUUGUUGGCUGAACACUACAGAUGGUUUGGAUGGUGCUGGAAAUGCAUUCUAAGAGGUGCAGUUCCCCACCCCUCUAGAAACUCGUACCUUUGGUGCAAGUUUUUUCCUUCUCCACCUACUCCAAUGCUUUUGCCACCUACUUAGCAUCUCAUUGAAAACCCUGUUCUUUGCUGUCGUUUUGCAUGACUACAUCAUGAAACUUCCAGCAACUUCUAGUUACACGUUGUAUGGACCAAAUUUCAUGUGUUCUUAUUUACUUGUUUUGUUACUGCUGCUCAUUUUUACCUUGGUGGCCGCUAGCAUUUCUCAUUUUCUCCCCACUGCUAUAAAAUUUUCAUGUUGUUCUUCCAACAAAAAAUGUCUCCUUUGUAAUUUUUUCUCUCUCUCUAGCUCUAUGUCACUCUUUUUCCUGUUGAGCUUUGCUAGCCAGUCUCCUACUUUCUCUUUUUCGGCUCUGUCUUUCUCUUUCUCUACAUUCCAAAUUUGUGGACAUGACAAUUAAUCUAAGCUUAAUACUGCAUGCAAUACAGAUACAGAAACAAUUUCGGCUUUCCGUUUUCAUCUUUAUUAGGGUCCGAAAUUGCGCCUUCCUGGUCGCCAAUGCGACUAAAAAUUCAGUCCUGGCGACCAGAAUCUCAAAGCUGGUCGCCAGCUAGCAACUUGUAAAGCUGGUUGUUAUUGUGGACUUUAACGUUCGGAGAAACUUCGAAGCUAUUUGCCAACAGGUGUCUUACUUUUGUCCUGCUGAUAUUUUUUAAUUGAAAAUGAAACGAAUCUUCCUGUAAUGAUACCUUUCCAACGGCUACGAUCAAUACGAGUUGCACGUUUCCAAGCCGUCAUGUUGUUUUCCAUAGCUGAAAUACAGUAAGUACGUUAUGUACUUUGUGGUCUGGUACGAGCAGUGUGGUACAGUUGUGGCCUGGUAUGAGCAACAUGGCGGCUUAACUCGUGUUUAUGUUUCGUGUUUCGUGGUAGUUAUGGGAAGAAAAUAGAGUUUUGAUAUGAUCAGUGCAGUCAUGGGCAGACAGCUUUCUGUUCCUACGUUCUAGGUCAGAUAGCUUCAUAUCUCCAAAAAGUAAUUUGUGGAGAAGAAGUGCAAUUUUUGAGCAUAAAAACGUCCAUACCAUGCAUUUUUUAUUGGCGUUGUAACUUUUAUUUGAAAAAAAGGGAGGGGGGAUUUUUGGUGACCACAAUUUGCCCUCUGCCGACCAAAAAUUUAUACUUGAUUUGCCAGUUGGCGCCCGUAUUAAAAAGUUAAUUUCGGACCCUGUUUAUUGAUUUCGGUUGUCUCUGCUUCACAAGAUACAGGUGGCUAUGCAAUUUCCUGCCAAAAUAACCUUGAGUUGCAUUUGGGUUGCCAUACAUGUUGACUGAGUUAUUUUACAUUGGUAUGCCUGUGGUGCGGACAGACGGUGGGCGAGCAGACGGUCAUGUGAUUACCAAAAUUUCUCAGAUGGGUAGAUUACCACAUUUUCUUAGGUAUGGGGCUUAAUGAUAAACAGAAAGGCUAGCAGAAAUGUUUUCCCUGUGUGAAUAUUUUAUAAGAAAUAGAGUUUUUUUCAUACUAAUCCUUCACAGAUUGCCCAGUAGGCCAUUUCUGAGCUCCAACUCCUUUGAUUUUUAAAAUGAUGCCAAGUGCAAAAAUGAUCAAAAGACUGUGAACUUCCCUCGAUGCUUUUAAAAGGAGGCUCUCAGUGGCAACAUGGAAAUGGCCUAUUUUUAGUGUGCCCAACCUUUACUCAUUUUCUCUUUUUUGUAGGAUGAAUAUUGUGGAAGUAUGCCUAAACAUAGUGACAUUUAUUUUGGUGAGUGAAGGAACAACCAUAAGUAACAGUCACAGGCAGCCCAGUUUCACAAUACAAACUGUUCCAUACUAAAAUCCAUAGCCUUGACAGGAACAAAAUGUAUGUGUAUUUUUGGAAACAGUAGCAAAGUGUUCCAGAUGAAAUUAUAUUUUUUCAUUUAUUUUCGUUAUUCAUGGGCAGAUUCUCAGCCAAGUAGUUUCCAUUGUUUGUUUCUAUUAAUAUACGUUUACUGAUCUUGAAAGAAUUGAAGUUCUUGGGGUCAAAGAUGGCAGGGGAGUAGUGUGAUCUGGAUUGAAAACUCUGUUUGCGAGUCAGACCAAAAUGUCAGUGAAAAUUAAGCAGUGAAAGAUUUUUGACACAACACAAGUUGCAGUCAGUUCUUGGUUACGUUUGACCUUGAACCUAAUGUCUUGAUGACCUUGAUAUCUCAAAGCACUUUGUAUUUGAGAAAGAUUUAUCUUGUAUGUUUCCUCUAAAUUUUUUCUCUUGGCUUGAAAUUUAUACAUCUUUAGAAAUGUAUGAUAUAUUAAUUUUGAUAGCAUAGUUGAGCCAUCCAUUUUUUAAAUUCUUAUUUCAUCAACCACCAUGAGUUUUGAAGUUGGUUGAUCAACAAUUCAUUGCAAACACUUAACAUGAGAUGUAACUAAAAAACAUUUUUGAUAAUCAAGUUGGGUAUCCUGUGGUAAAAAUAAAUGAAAAUGAAUGCUUGGUUUUUUUAAAACUUUUUCAACAUUAUUGCAUGGAUUACACAACAUACUGUAUAUAUAUUUAUUAUUAUUAUUUUUUUCUUACUAUUUUGACAGCCCAUGUGUCUCUGGGGUGGAUCCAGGGGUGGUUCGGAUGGUUCGUUCGAACCCAUUAAACCGAAAUGACAAUGUUUAAACAUUCAGCGGUUUCUGACAAAAACCUUUGGUGGACAUACAUUGCUAACAAAAUUAAUACUAUAUGUUUAAUCUUUUGAAAAAUGACUGUGAUGAAAAUGAAAAACGUUGACAGAGGAGAGUCAUUUCCUGCUUUUAAAUGCCCUGUUGAUUCCAUUUUUGAAGAAAAUCAGAAGUGAUUUUUUGAGCACAUGGCAAAUACAAAUUUAUAACCGGUGUUUCAGGUUUCAUAUUUGUUAUUGGUCUCAAUCAUUGUAAAUUUUUAAGAGUAGUUCAUGUGUAAAAUAACUAAAAAAGGGGUCGUUUCAAAGGCAUGUGACAAUCUACAAUAAUUGGCUAAUUAUUAUCCUUUAAACACCUGGAUCCACCCCAGUGUCUGUCCUCAGAAAUUAACAUAUUGUAAUGUUAAGCUAUCACACCUCUUUUUCAGCACAGAAAAUCCAGUAUAAUGUCUGUCAUUUGUGGGAUUGUUGUAAGCACAAUGACCUGUGCCAAAACUAUUCUCUUCACACUUAUGGCCACACAACUGUGUACUGAAGAAGUCCUGUUUGAAAAUGUGGAUUGGCCUAUUUUUGCUGGGUUGUUUGUCAUUCCAAAUUCAAUUUGGAUUGUAGUGCCAUUUCUUUGCAUUGUUAAAUUAAGCUCAACAGUAAUAAACAACACGGAGAAGCACAAAAAGGAGGCAUAAUGUGACUAGUGUAUUGUACAAAUUGUAGGCAUGAAACAGCGGCGAGAGUGAAUUUGUGUGUACAUGACAUGGAUAUUACAGGCACUAGUUCACCACAUGUUCUACAUUGCACCUAUGUGUUUAUAACAAAGAACUUAAGCAUGCCACUUAAUUUGAAUAUUUAAAUUACAUAAUAUCAGAAAGGUGUGGUUGAAGUAUCUGCAUACCAUUUUUGGUUUCCUCAUUAGCAGUUUGAAUUUCAAUAAUGAUUCAUGAUUCUUAACAGUAUUUAAGAGAAAGUUUUUACAUGCAUUAAAGGCCUUUCCUUAGCGCAGGUGUUGCAAAAAAAGUAAUGUCAGACUCAGAGAGAACUAGGCAAAAAAUAAUAACCAAAAAAAACCGGCCAGAAUUAUAUAAUUGAAAUAUCUCAGGAUGACUGUUACAUGUACUUAUAAAAUGAGCCACCCCCUGCCUAUGUAUGCAUUCCUUGACUCCCUACCCUUUAGGAUUUGGAUAGCCUGUGUGGCAGGUGCCGGUUAAGUGAGGAUGAAGGGAAAAUUUCAAAGACGUGUGUCCUAGUCAAUUCAAAUUAUUACCCUCUUCCCAUGUUUUUAUCAAAUUAAAGUUGUUCAGAUUUGGUCAUAGAUAAUCAGUGUGCAAAAAUGUUUGAUGGAACUUGAGACAUAAUUUCACUAUCAGUCAGAACUUUUACCUAAUGCAUUAAAUAUAACCUAAUAACUGUAGAUGUACACCGUAUACAGAGGCCAGUUGAACAAAACUUAACGUUACAACAUACAUGGAAUUAUCAUUCAGUAUGACUGGUCCUUCCUUCAGGUUAAAUAGGCUUUUUAUGAACAAAACGGAGUUUUAGAGCCAAUCAACAUCUUUCUUGCCAUAAUAAGGGGAAAAUAAAAUUGAGUACCAGUAAGCACUUCCUGAUGUAUCUGAACUUUGUGCAAAAUAAAAAUACAUUGUUCAAGGAGUUACGGUAUCACUGAUUUUCUCAGGUUGUAGGAAAACAGCUCCAAAUUCCUUUCUGUU